CUCAUUCAAACUGGGGGAACCUCGCUUCGGAUGAUUCUCCUUUCCAAUGCUUCAUUUUACUCUAUCACCUCCACGAUAGAGGACCAUGACAGACCCACUCAGUCCAUUUCCCGUCAUUUGUUCCAGCUCUUGCUGUCGAUCUCGACGGGGCCCAUCUAUUUUCCAGUGGCUGUGCUGGAGCUAAUCAAGUACAAUGUUCUCCCGAAAGAGACCCGGCCAGAUUACGAGGUUCCUGGAAUCCUUGUGUCACCUGCUCGAUUGACCAUGAAAUGAGAUGUCGUAGAUUCAAUUUAUUGGCGACUCCCCUCCCCACCCUUCUUCACCCUUGGUUGAGAUUUAUCGAUACACUAGUCUCGGCGCUUACCGACGAGUCUGAACAAGACUGUGGGGUCCUAGAGGACCUAGCUCGUUCCGUUAAGGGGAUCGGUAUCUACUUUCGCCCUGAGGAAAUCCUAUUAUUUGUCAGGGGUUGAUCACGAUCGGUUCGAUUUCUGCAAGUAACAUCAGUUCCUUGUUCUUGCGGUGCUACCAUUUCCCUAGCCUGUUUUAGGAUGAGAUACGCAUGUACGACUUUGCUUCAAUAUCAUCGAAGAUGUAUAUACAAAGCAAUACCUGUCUUCUUACCCAAAUUAACACCAAUUUAUUCCCCCUACCCCUUUUAACUUGCGGGUGUACCGCAAUAUUGAAAAUGUAAUGGAGGAUUCUAGAGAAGCUCCACCGCAGUAAGAUACAGUCGACUCCUUUUCCACUCUAUCAGCCUAUUACCCUACAUAACCAGAUACCUCCCUCCUUUAGCUUGAAUAGUACGCGGACUCUCAGGAGACCAUACAAUAUCAGAGAGGAAAAGUCUCCGAGAGAUCUAUUGUUCUAGUACCCCCCAAAGUGGAGCCUAUCAGAAUAC